CGUAGGUUCCGCUACGUUGAGAUUCUGUACGUGAACGACAUGAAUUGGUCCGAUGCAUGCUAGGUAUACUACUACAGUAGCUAUCCUCCUCUAGCCAACAGAGUGGGAAAUAUUCAUAGGAUUGUUUCAUUUACAGAGUGACAUAACGGUUUUUAGAAUACCGUCCCUAGCCUCUCGGGAGAGUUAUCCGGAUUCGAUCCGACAAGGAUUGUUUCAUUUACAAGCUGCAUUGAGUAUUUAUCACAUCUGCAUUUGUUAGAAUCUAUAAUACUGCGAUGGACUUCAGAUGGCACCAGUUAACGCCUUAUCAUUUAUUGGUAACGGCUUUGGUUGGGCUAGUGGCUGCGUGGUUUGUGAAGCACCUGAUGAGGCUACCGAAGAACCUUCCACCCGGGCCGACGGGACUACCCCUCAUUGGGGUCAUUUCAAAAUUUAUCGGCACUUCUGACCCUCUCGCCCUGCUCUCGGAGUGGGCCGACAGGUACGGUGAGAUCACGUCCUUCAAAUUAGGUCCACAGUUGGUGGUGCUCCUGAACUCUUAUGAUGCUGUCGCGGAGGCUUUCCGACACCCCGAUCUCCAGGGCAAACCCAGGAGCCGCAUGACAGAAGAAGCCUCUGGGUUCGGACCUAAUGCAGGUCUGCUGAUUGGGGCUGGACAAUCGUGGAAGGAGCAGCGCAAGUUCACCCUCUCAGUCUUCCGCAACCUCGGGGUCGGCAAGAAGAGCUACGAAGACACCGUCGCAGCCGAGAUGGCCCAGCUAGGGAGGGCUAUCAAAGAGACGAAAGGGUCUCCAAUUGACCCCAACAUCCUCGUUGGACAAGCAGUAGCCAACGUCAUCUGCACUGUCAUUUUCGGAACACAGUACAAGUACGACGAUUCAGAAUUCCAACACCUUCUUUACUUGAUGAACUUCAACAUGAGUCGAUCGGGAGCAGGAGGCUGGUUGUUUUUUAUUCCAAUACCAGGGAUGUCCAAGGUUCCCUUCGGAGUCAUCAAGGCUAUGAUGACGAAUGCUAAGGAAUUCUAUGCUUUCAUCGAUCACCAUAUUGAAGCUCACAAAAAGAAUGGAGGGCCCGAUAUCCCCAAAGAUUUCAUCGAUCAGUACUUGAUUAAGUUGAAAGAAAUGAAGGGAACGGAAUCUUCAUUCAGCCACAAUAGUCUUAAAGCCGUCAUCUCUGACCUCUUCUUCGCUGGGAUGGAGACGACCACCACCACGCUCAAGUGGUGUAUCCUCUACAUGAUGGCCUAUCCCGAGGUCCAGUCACGUGUCCAGGCCGAGAUGGAUCAGGUGGUUGGAAGAGAGCGAUUACCAGGGUUGGACGAUCGAGAGAAUCUUCCUUACACGUGUGCUGUGCUUAUGGAGGUCCAGCGCAAGGGGGCCGUGGUUGCACUGGGGGUGCCUCACAUGGCUGCUGCUGACGUCACAAUCAAAGGCUACACCAUACCUAAGGGUACUAUCAUCUUCCCUAACAUCUUAAAUGUGUUGAACAACAAGAACUUCUGGGACGACUCUGACGCCUUCACACCUGAGAGGUUUCUGAGUGAUGAUGGGAAGUUGAUCAAGAGAGAAGAGCUGAUAUUUUUCAGUACUGGUCGCCGUGUUUGUCUCGGAGAGCAACUAGCCCGGAUGGAGACGUUCCUUGGUUUUACCAGCCUCCUUCACCGAUUCACCUUCAAGAAGCCAGACAACUCACCACCAUUGUCUUUCGAGGCAGUCCUGGGAGGUACAAGGAGUAGCUUACCCUACCUCACCUGCGCUAUUCCAAGGGAUCCCACUGAAAAUUUUGCUUGAUUUAUUUGUAUUAGUUCGCAAGCACAAACCCUGGUCAGUCAUAAAAGAGAGUAUGCACUAUACUAUACUAUACUAGAGCUGCUCCUGAUACCUAUAUUGACACAACCAGUAGGUAGCUAGGCUAGGCUUCUCUCAAGGCACAAUGAUUUGUUGAUAACGUG